AACAAACAAAUACACCCACACAUACGAACUUAUAUAUAUAUACGCAUCGCUGUGCGUUCUGGAAUUUUUUUUAACGUUGUGACCCUAAAAAAUGUCUGUUGAAAUCAGUCAAGAAGAUCACAGAAUGGUUGUUCAUAAUACUACAUACAGCUACCACACCGAUAAUUCGACGAUAUACUAUUUCAUGGACAACACGUCAUUCCUGUACCCAAAUCUUUCUCACUUGCCAUUCGCACCCGACGAAUAUGAGAGUCUAUCGAUCUCAACCAAUUCUGUGCCGUCACUUCGACCUCAAUUUUACAGCGUCGAACAUGCUAUAUCGACAUCCAUUAUAUUGGGACUUCUCAUUUUAGCGACAAUUAUCGGUAAUGUGUUUGUCAUUGCUGCAGUGUUACUGGAGAAAAAUCUACACAAUGUUGGCAACUAUUUAAUCAUAUCGUUGGCGGUAGCUGACCUGAUGGUCGCAUCACUUGUCAUGCCUCUCAGUGCCGUAAGUGAAAUCAGUAAAAUAUGGUUUCUGCAGAAAGAGGUAUGUGAUAUGUGGACCUCCUUCGACGUACUCUGUUGUACGGCUUCGAUCCUUCAUUUGGUAGCGAUAGCAAUGGAUCGUUACUGGGCUGUGACCAAUAUAGAAUACAUACGAAACCGGACGCAAAAACGGAUUAUUACCAUGAUUGUCCUUGUAUGGACAGUGGCCAUGUUUAUUUCGAUUCCACCGCUGUUCGGCUGGAAAGAAAUGCAAGACGAACCCGAUAUUCCUGAACGUUGUAUAAUCAGUCAAGAUCUAGGUUAUACCGUCUUCUCAACAGUUGGAGCCUUUUAUUUACCCAUGUUUAUCAUGAUGUUCAUUUAUUUACGUAUAUUCAUGGUGGCACGAUCGAGAAUCCGUAAGGAAAAAUUUGGCAAAAAGAAAACACCGAAAACAGACAGCAAAGAUCACACAACGGUGAGUUUGUUAUCGAAGUUGAAAGACACCAAGAAACACUCUAGUCAGGAAUCAAGCCCCGAAAAAGACGUCCAACAGCAACAGAACAAUCAUGUACACCAGCACGAGCAACAACAGCAGCUGCCGUUAGUCGAAGGAGAUGGCAACCUGUCAACGAUCAAAGUGAAAAAUGGUCACGUGGACGAAGCUCAUACGGUGAUGCUUCCGGUUGUCGAUCAAGCAGAAGCCGUCAGGCGAGAGAAAUUGAAAAACAAGGAGAAGUUAGAAAUCAAACGGGAGCGAAAAGCAGCGAGGACUUUGGCCAUAGUAACAGGGGCGUUUAUUGUGUGCUGGCUUCCAUUCUUUAUUAUUGCCUUGGUUCGUCCUUUCUUUAUGGAUGCGAUGGAGGUACCAGAGGUAGUGAUGAGUAUUGUGUUGUGGUUGGGUUACAUGAACAGCCUACUUAAUCCGGUCAUUUAUACCAUUUUCAGCCCCGAUUUCCGGAAUGCAUUUCAAAAAAUCUUAUUCGGAAAAUAUCGACGGAAUAAACCUAGAAAGAAUUUCUACUGAAAAAAAGAUCAAACACAAAGAAAAAAAAAACAUACACCUUUUUUUUUUGUUUUUCAAAAUAUUGUCUGUUUUCAUACUUUCCGUCUGUCCGUUUUCUCUGUCUUUAUUUCUUUCAGUGCUUGAACCAGUGACGUCCACGACGAGGUGACAGAGUCAUAAUGAUGUUGAUGAUAAAGAUGUUGUUAAUAAUGAUGAGGAUGAUGAUAAUAAUGAUUAUGAUGAUCAUGAUGAUCAUGAUGAUCAUGAUGAUGGAGGUGGUGAUGACUGGAGAUGACGUUUGUAAUAAGUGGUAGUGGUGGUGGUGUCGGUUGUAUUUCUGAUUAAUUAGCUUCAUAAUAUUUUGUGUUUGUUUGCCGAGAGAGAGAGAGAGAGAGAGAGAGAGAGAGAGCGAGAGAGAGAGAAAGAAAGGGAAAGAAAGAAACACAAAUAAAAAAAAUCUGCAGAAAAAAAAAACGAUAUUAAAACCAAAAGAAAAAAUAUACAAAAGAGGAAAAAUAUUAUUAAAAAAGAAAUUAAUUUUGAAAUAUAUAUAUAUAUAAUAUUUACCAGAAAAGUACAAAAAUAUCUCAAAAAACAAAAAAACAAUGAAAUCUGCUUUGUGAAGGGAUGUUGAGACGAUAAUGACUAACGAUGACAUUGGUGGUACGAUGAAGAUGAAGAUGAUGGUGAUGAUGAUGGAGUUCUCGUUGGUGAUGAUAUUAUCGUAAUGCUAGAAAAACGGUGAGGAUGAUGAUGAUGAGGAGGAGGAGGAAGACGAUGAUGACAUUAAUUGGGACACCGUGCGGAAGGCGGUUCAGUGGUGAUGGUCACGAUGUUGCUGGUGUUGAUGACAGUGCCAAGGUAAUGGCGGUAGUGAUUCAGUGUUUAUACCACGGUGAUGGUGAUGAUGAUAAUGAUGAUGAUGAUGAUGAUGAUGAUGAUGAUGAUGAUGAUGAUGACGAUGGUGAUGAUGGUGACGAUGAUGAUGGUGAUGAUGGUGAUGAUGACGAUGAUGGUGACGAGGAUGGUGAGGAUUGGUGAUAAGGAUGUUGGUGUUGAUGAUGAUUUCAAUCACAUUAUUCGUAAUGACAAUUAUAAUAAUCACAAUUGUUAUAAUGACAAUAAAAUGGUAAUAAU